CACUAUAUUAUAGUUUCAGACUCGAUCCUGCCGGACACAGUUAUAUUCCCACUAUCUUGUGUAGCUUUUAUGCUGCUAUCAACUACAGAUAAGCUCAUAAUCUACACCCCUUUCAUCCUUGUAAUGGAAUUUCCAUGUAAUUUUAGGAUCAACAAAUUUAUUCAAGUUCAUAGAAUUGGUUAUAUAUUACUGAGGGCCUCUCUCCACGGUGAAACUGAACAUUCUAUUAUGAACCAGAUACAGAGAAGGUUUUUAGCAUCCAGUUUACAGAUACUACCAGUACACAAUACAUCAGAUGUUGUUCAAGCUAUGAUCACUAUAGCCAAG